AUGGAACAGAGAAAGAUCGUGCUUCUUGGGAAAACAGGAGAUGGCAAAAGCAGCGCUGGGAAUACAAUUCUUGGAAAAAAUGUGUUCACCAGUAAAGCUUCAGCUAAUGCUGUAACAGAUAAAUGUGUAAGUGCAGACGGGACGCUCGAGGGAAAAAAGAUCACAGUGAUCGACACACCUGGACUCUUUGACACAAAUCGUGAUGAAGAGGAGAUCAAAUCUGAGAUCUUCAAAGCUCUGAUUGAAUGCGCUCCAGGCAUCGAUGCUUUUAUCAUGGUCCUAAAGGUCGGAAGAUACACAGAACAUGAAAACGAGGUGGUACAGAAAAUCCUGAACACCUUCAAAGAUGAGCAUGUCUUGAAACACACAGUGAUCUUAUUCACUUUUGGUGAGCAGCUAGAAGGCCAAACCAUUGAAGAGUUUGUGAAGGCCAAUUCACAGCUUCAGGACCUGGUUGAUAAAUGUGGAGGUCGCUGUCACGUCAUCGACAACAAAUACUGGAAUAAACAUAUUUGUGGGAACAAGAGCAACAAGUUUCAGGUGAAAAAUCUGCUGAAGACCAUCGACAAGAUGGUGAAAGAAAACGUCUGCUACAGCAAUGAGCUUCUUCAGAUGUUGGAGAAAGAGAUUCAAGAGGAAAUUAAAAAGAAUAAGAACGUGCCUCCAGAAGAGCAACGAGAAAGAGCAAAGGAAAUUGUUCAUGAUAAAUUUCUUAAGCAGCUUGUAGGAGCAUCAACAGGGGCACUGAUUGGUGCUCUUCUGGGUGCAGGUGUUGCAUUAGCUUCAAUUGUGGCUGUAUUACAAGCAAUUCACCCUUUGAAAGCACUAGCAGUUGGAGUUUCAGGUGCAGGAGCAGCGGCAGGUGGAGCAGUGGCUGGAGGUGCCGGAGCACCAGCAGGCACGACCUCUGCACGUGUUCUUAAAGUCGCAGCUGUUAUAGGAGCUGCUGGAGGAGGAAUCACUGGAUGGAAAGCAGCAGAAGAAGCUGAUUCAGUGAGUGACGCCAUGAACAAGGCAGCAACAGCUAACUAUGAGAAUGCAACAGCUCUGGUUGAGAAAAUACAAGACUUUGUUACACUUUCUUUAAAUAAAAAAACAUAA